AACAGAUGCUGUGGAGCAGAGCACACAAGCUUGGCUAGGAUACACCCUGUAACAAUAGCUCUGUCAUUAGACCACUGUAUAGGGAACGUUAUGUCUGUGCAACUUAACACACUUAAAAUAAUACUGAUACAAUAGCUUUGCCUUUUCAAAGCAUGCACACAGUUUGUUUCUCUAUGGAAAACCUAAGUCUAGCUGGGAAAAGGUACUUAUUUGUGGAGGCUUGGCAGUUCCUGGAGCGUUGUGUAAAGAAAGCUUUGGUCUGUGUGCUGCUACAGUGCUAGGGGGCCUGCAUUUCAUAGUAUGUUCUCCAUACUUGAAGACAUUUAUGUCCUUACUGUGGAAAUACUUUGGCCUUGUCUGAGAAGACUUGAGGCCUGCAGUCAUAUAGAGAAAGGAAUUUGACCGGAGUCCAGUUCUGGUGAUCGGUAUCUGAAAUGCUGUUAUACAUCCACUAGCUGGAGGAAGCUUCUACAUCCUGGACACAUGGAAACAGGCUGGGCACCGUGUUGUCCUGAGUGGGGCACAACUACAGAGUGAAAAUGCAUGGCUGCUAGGAAGGCUAGAAUCAUCUCACAGUCAACAAUCAGCUGCUGUGUACAAGAAUAAUAAGUUAGAAAGACAAUACCACUGCAUUGAAAAGGGCUCCUGUUGUGUCAUCACAAGAAUCUGGACUACUCUCACGGUGAUCUAACAAGACAUACAGAUUGUGUUUUUGGUGACAGCCUGAGUCAAGAAAGCUGCAAACUAGCUCUGCAGGAGGGACUUGGUGCUCAGAAGUAUCUGUAUGUGUCUUCAGCGUGGAAACAGUCUUUUAACUGUGCCUUCUGCCAGGCCAAAGCUACUCCAUGCUCAUGCUGAGAAAAAAGUCUAGUUCUGAAAGUGUCAUGUCUGAGGCAGCAGAAGAGGAGAGUGGAUGUAGUGGCACAUAUGAGCCAGAAGAGGGCAGCAGUAUAUCACAAGAUGACUCUGAUAUUUGUCGGGAUCUCAUGGAACGGCUUCGAGAGCUGGAGGCAGAAAACUCCGCUUUGGCUCUGGCCAAUGAAAACCAGCGGGAAGCAUACGAACGCUGCUUAGAUGAGGUUGCCAAUCAUGUUGUCCAAGCACUUCUGAAUCAGAAGGAUCUGCGUGAAGAGUGUAUUAAGUUGAAGAAACGGGUGUUUGAUUUGGAGUGGCAAAACCGGGCCCUUAGUGACCUUUACCAGCAGAAAAUGCAAGUUACUACCGGAUCACUCCCACAGCUGAAGUUACAGCCAGUAGGAGAACAGAAUCCAAAUGCCCCACAGGGUGGGGUAGAAGCUUCAGCAACUUCCCAUGCAUUGAGCUUCACUGCUGGACACGGGCAGGUCAAUGGUGAGAGAAGAAGAACUACCAGUUCAUGUUUAAAAACAUCACCAAAUUCCAUGGAUGCACUGUCUCCAUUUUUCAAGAAGAAAGCACAAAUUUUAGAAGUGUUAAGAAAACUAGAAGAAACAGAUCCACUGCUGUCUUGUCCUACAGCAUUGCAUCACUCUGCUUACAGAGUCCCUGGACAGUCAGCCUUAGACCUGUAUGCUGUGCAUCCAAAACAGACAGACAGUGUGAAAUGGUCAAGACAUGAACCAGACAUUCUAGAAUAUGUUAAUGGUGAAGGGACACCAAUAGAAGGUCAGGUUCCAGAAUGUGACAGCUGGAUGUCAUGUCUUCUAUUGGCACAGAAUGGUUUGGAUGACCUGUUUAAAUGGAAGCACAGUAGUCACACUGCAACUGUCAGCCCCCAAGAAAAUACUAGGGUGGAUUACAGUAGCAUAAGCAACAAAGACUUUGGUGCAAAUGAUAUAGAGCUAUUCUCACAGCAAUAUUGUCAAAGGAAGAGUGAAGCACAUUCGUCAUCGUCAUCCUCCGAUGAUAAUGGUGAGGUGUGCAUCCAAGGAGUAAUGGAAAAUCACCUAUGUGAGGCACAGAUAAGCACAAACUCAGAGGGAAAGACUGGAAUCAAUCAGGUUUUACAGAACUCUGAAUCAUAUUUUAAUUCUUUAAAAAGUAACAGCGGUGACGGUUCACUGAAUGGAGACCUGAUUGCUUCCUAUGUAUUUGACGAGAAAAAGUGCUCCAGCAAGGAUAAGAGAUCAGAUGAAAGUAACUCUGGUGUAUGUAUAAUGGCUGCCCAGCAGGAAUGCCUUACUAAAGCUGCCAGUAAGGUAACGCAUAAGCACAAUUCUCCUGAUUGCCUAGACCAAAGUAUGAGGCAGUUAAUUCAGACUAGUGCUGGAGAAAACUUUCUUAUAGCUGAAAGCAGUAAUGACUGUGAUAUUUGGAAAGUAGCAGAGACAAAUGUUAGUAGUGACAAUAGCCUGUGCUGUACUACUUCACAUUUUAGUGGGUUAGAAGAAACGGAGAGUUCUGUUGCUUUCUCUGAACUGUGUGUUGAAAAUCAAACUUGUAACAGCAUACUUAAAUCAACUGAAAUGUUAAUGGUACCAAAAGAAUCAGGUGGAAUUAGUCCAUCUAGCAAUAUUGCGGAAAAAAAUAGUCGAAAUUUUCUUCAGAGGUCUUCUCAGGUAAAGAAAAUAAAAAACAGUCCAACCUCACCAUCGGGGGCAGUUGAAACUAAAUCUUCUGUAUCAUCACCAUCAAAACUUCUUAAGUUUUUGAAGCUUCCAACGGGGAGUGAAAAAUCUCAGAAUGCCAAUCACCUAAGACUUAGUCCUCAACUUACACGAAAUUCAAAGAUACCAUGCCGAAAUAAUUAUGAAGUAUACCAUUCUCCAUUGCUGAAAAGAAAAGCAAUCUUACCUGAACACGAUGGACAAGCAGAAAACCUUGCACAAAACAAAUCCUACCAUGGGAUGCAUUCAACAUUCCCCCUCCGAUCAGAGGACUCUGUGUCUUUGAUGCAUCAUGCUACUUACAGCAAUAAUGAGUAUCCCUCUCCUAAAAUUAGCAGGCACAUCACAUGCGGAACUUCAAGAGUAGAAUUUCACUCUUCUGAAAGCUUUGGGCAGCAGGUCCAGGCCUGCCAUAAUGCACAUAAUUAUGAAAACACCACUGAUAUUUCCAUGGAUCAUUUAAACAGAGGAGCAACAAAUUCAUUGGGAAGUACAAAGGGACAGAAGUGCUCCUCUGUUUUAACCCCCCAUGCAUCACUUUGUGGAAUGCCACAGGUGGUAAGUAAUCCUUCAUCCCCUCUGGAAAACCUGACUGUUUCAAAUGCAGAACAGCCUCCCUCAAUUAUGGAAUGCCAUGCCGAUUUAGUUGCCUAUCAGAAAGCUUCCUUGAGAAGCAGGUGGCAGGAUACACAGACUGUACCUGCUGAAAUGGUGAACGACAGUUCCCAAAGCAGUCAUUUGCACUUAAGUAUGAAAGAAAACAGCAGUGAGAAAAGGCCAUCCGACUCCAGAGAUCAGUGCUGUGAGACUGCCCAGCCAGUGAGAAGAAAUACUGCAAACUCUUCCUCACCCAAAAAAACUGUGAGCACACCUGUUGGCACACCUGUGAAAAAGCAGAGUGACACUGCACACCUUCCUUUUAAAGAACGUUUGACAGUUAUUGGCAAAGGAAGAAAUGUAGAUGGUUCCCAGCAGGGGCUUAUAGAAGGGUCUCCUCAGCCUGUUAGGAAGGAGAUCCAAUGUAAUGGGAAAAAUGUGACUUCAGCGAACAUUAAUAAUGGAAAAAACAAGUCAACAACCAGGCAAUGUGAAAAAAGUGUAGGAUUCUUGGAUAUGAAUGCUGUGAAAUAUGGUGAAUCCACAGAUCACAAUACCCAGCUUAAUUUAUCCCCAAACAGUAAUUUAGGGAGAACACAUGGACAGUGUUGUUCUGGAGGGAUUUGCACCAAAGCUUUCUCAUCAAAUUCUGCAUGUUCUAAAAUGGAUGUGGAAAAUAAUUCUUCCAAAAAUUAUGUCACAAAGGUAGAUGUUGCCAAAAAUAGAGUCCCUGGAGUAGUGUGCUCUUCAGGCUCUCCACAGAUGCCAAGAAAUUCAAAACAUGCCAACACAAAUCAGAAUACUGGCAAAAGUGUCAGAAGUCCACACGGCAGCCCCACAAAACUACCUUCUAAAUCUCCAACAAAAGUGACAACCAGAAGUUCUGUUUCCAGGGUUACCAAUGAAGAACCAAAGUCAGCGACCCAGUUAGUUGGAACCAAGCCUUUAUUAGAGCAGGAGGAAGAGUUAAAGUCACAGCAGCUGAAUGAGGCCAAAAAAAAUCCGGGGUAUCCAGAAAAUGUUUCACAGUCUUAUGCCAAAGUACCACAACCCUUUGUUGCUGUUUCAAAUCAAUCCUUAGGGGCUAUUUUACAGUCAGCUAUUGAAGAAAAAGUAAUGAAAGGUAUAGAAGAAAAUGUAUUAAGGCUGCAGGUCCAGGACAAAGGCCAUACUGCAGAGGUUAAAGUGAAAACUUCAAGUGGUAUUGCCAGUUGGUUUGGUCUCAAAAAGAGUAAACUUCCAGCAUUAAACAAAAGGUCUGAGUUUUCUAAGGGGAAGGAUGACAAAAAGGAAUACAACAUCUGUAAUUCACCAUCAAGUAAAGAAGUCAAGAUGGCUGCAAAAAAAUUAGAAAUGGAAAGUUUUAACAUUUCUAAAUUAAUGGAGAAAGCAGAAGAUCUUAGCAAGGCACUGCAAGAAGAAAAAGCUUACAUGAAUGGUCUUGCGCUGCAGAAGCAGAGGACACACCAUUCUGAUGUAAUUAUGGAGCAAACACAAAAUGAACUUCAGGUCACUUAUAGUGAAGUGACCACAGAGCGCUUCAUGCAACAGCUUUUGAACAGAGUGGAUGAAAAAGAAGCCUGUCAUGACAGUAGAAUGGCUCAGAGAAAUGAUUUUAAGGACUUCCAGAGAGUAUCCCUAGAGAGCAAACAAUCCAGGUCCUUCAAGACCCAGCAAAACAUAGGCAGUGGCCAUCCACAGGCCAUGGAAGACAAUGUGGAGAAGCACAAUGUAGACUUGAUCAGUAAAGAAGAUAUGACAUCUGAUGAAAGCCUUGCUGACUCUGUAACAUCUCAGCCAUUUGCAGCUUGUGGGUCACUUACACGUACUCUUGACAGUGGAAUUGGAACAUUUCCUCUCCCAGACUACUCCAACAAUACAGCAGGAAAAAACAUCCCAAAGUUGAAAUCCAAACUUGAACAACCCCCUGUUGCUUCCUCUGGAAAAAUGUCUGUUACCACAAAAGUUCCACGUAAGGCACGGACUUUAGAAAGAGAGGUUCCAAAUGCAGAAGAACCAUUUGUGCAGGCCAAAGACCUCAGCACUCCACUGCUCAAUGCUGCAUUGCAAAGUUCAGAAGCAAUAUUUGACCACCAUGCUGAGAAACUAUGCAGAGAAGAUAGCUACGGAGACCAUAUUAAGCAAAGAAGAUCCCAGGAGAAUAAAAACUGGACCUUUCCAAACUCCAAAGCAUCAGGAAACACACCUGACAACUUCUUAUGCAUUCCUGGAGAUCUUCAGCAACUUCCUGAUACAUCAGAGAAUGUAAGACCAUCUACAGGGGAUGGGAAAGGACACUCUGCUGUUGCAUCUUUAUCAUUGCAGCCGUCUCUCAGUUUCACCCGUCGAGUCAGCAGCAGAGCUUCCAGCAGUAAGGACCUAGGGCAGGAAAGUGUCACUGAAGUAAAUGGAAGUGAAGUGGUACAAGGGAUGGUUUCUCCACAGAGACACACCCCACUGGAAACAUCAGAGUCUCUCAGUGAUUCUUUGUAUGACAGUUUAUCAUCCUGUGGGAGCCAAGGAUAAAAUGUUAACAUUACUUAAUAUAUUUGUCACAGUUUCUUGCCACACAAAUUUCAGCAAUUUUCACCUAUUCAUGCAAACUAUUAUAUGCACCAAGGAUGAGAAUUGCUUUGCUUUGAGCUAUAGUCCUCAUGUAGGCUGCAGAAUUUGCACAUAUUGGCCCUAUUACAGCCUCAGCUUGUGCCGGUCUGGCCUAUCACUGUGACAGCAAAGCAGCGAUUCAGAGUACCAUAACCAUUCACCUCUUAAAAUUUAUAAAACUGCAGAUUCCUUUCCGUUUCAGCAGAGCAAUGCCUAUUCCAGCACACUGUCCACUAUAUUUACUUCCUGAAAACAUGUGAAAAAAAUAUUUGUACAGUAAAAAUGCUAUAUAUUAUCUGAAGGUGCUAUCUAAUGUGUAUAUAACAUGUAUCCUGGAAGCCAUUAAACUGUGUAACCUGUACAGUAAUACUUUUGUUAACUUAUCUAAGUUAUUAUUAAAAUAACUUUUUUUUCACUUUACAAAUGGAUUUUCUGGACAGUGUUGAAUAAAACUGAAGAAAAAU